AUGGCCUGGACGCUCCCCGGCAGCAGGACGCGGGGCCAGCAAGUGCGGCUGCUGGGGCUACCCCUGCUGCUUGGUGUGUGGCUGCUGGGCCAAGCAGCCGACGGACAGCGCUCCGCGCCGCUAGCGGAGCUGCGCUCCUCUAUCUCGGGCGUGGAGGAGCUCCUGGAGGAGUUCCGCAAGCAGCUGCAGCAGGAGCCACCGGGACGGGAGCCGGAGGAGAGCGACAGCAAUCGCGAACUGCCCCAGCAGCGUGCGAGGUCGGAAGCCGGCUGUCCUGGAGGGGGCUACACUGUUAAGCCCGACUCCAUCAUCCGCACCAAGGACUCCCUUGGUGCAGGGGCCACCUUCCUGACGGCGCCCGCCGCAGUACGGGACUGGCAACAAUGCGUGGCCGCCUGCUGUGCCGAGCCCCUCUGCACUGUGGCGGUGGUGGAGCUGCCCCAGCCCCAGGCCACCAGCGACCUCAAUUGCUACCUUUUCAACUGUACCUACCGGGGCCGCAAUGUCUGCAAAUUCUCGCUGCACCAGGGCUAUAACAGCUACAGCCUGAGCCUGGCCGCCGAGAACCACCGCAACACCACCUCCCGCCCCGGUGGGCCCCCAGGAGGGGGCAGAGGCAGGCCGGCUGCUCCUACCGGGCCCCGGAAAAAACCGCUGCAAAGCUACACUCUAGCUGCCGAAGCCGCCUCCGCAGCCUCAUCUCCACCCCAGGAAUACGAUGAGCCUCCACAUAGCAAGGCAGGACAAGAUGUAGUUUUGCAGCUGCCUACAGAUUGGGUGACUUUGGAUGGCCGAGAAAGCACAGAUGACCAUGCAAUCAUUAAAUAUGAAUGGACUUUGCAGCAGGGUGACUCAUCAUUGGAUAUGAAGGUACCUCAAUCAGGAAUCCUGAAGCUAUCCCACUUGCAAGAAGGAGUAUACAUCUUCCAGCUGACUGUGACAGACAGUGCUGGUCAAAGGAGCUCGGACAACAUCUCUGUGACCGUACUCCCCAAGGCAGAAACUGCAGUAGAAUGUUUGAAAGUUUGCUCACGCUAUCAUUUCUUCUGUGAUGAUGGCUGCUGCAUUGACAUCACGCUGGCUUGUGAUGGAGUGGAUCAAUGCCCUGAUAGAUCUGAUGAAGCUUUUUGCCAGAGUGUGAGUCCUGGCCGAAAAACAAUAACUCAUGCAGCUGCAAGUCCAGCCCAGCAAAGAACUGUGGGAUUGACUGAAGAUUCAGACAGAAGUCUCCCUUCACAAAACAGCCAGAAAGCCACAAGGAAACAGCUGCUUUCAUCAGCCAAUGCAGUCAAGAGUAACCAUUCAGUCUCUCAGGGACCAAAGAAUCAAAUGAGUGCUUUAAUGCCAGGAGCAGUUUUCCAACAGGCUGCAACAGAGCCAUCAACUCACUCUCACUCCGAGCCAGGUGCAGUCUUACCCCUGGCACUAGGUUUGGCCAUCACUGCUUUGCUUCUCCUCAUGAUUGCUUGCCGACUUCGAUGGGUGAGACAGAAACUCAAAAAAGCCCGGCCCAUAACAUCUGAGGAAUCGGACUACCUCAUAAAUGGGAUGUACCUAUGAGAAACGUGUCUCUUGGUGGCUGAAGAUGGUGUUUCCAUUGAUAUUUUAUCUAGGUGUCUGAUUCUAGAAAUUAACCUUUUUUUUGGACUUGUACUAAGAACAUUGAGAACAUUAAAAAAAAAAAAUC